AUGGGCAAAGUCGAGAGCUCCACCAAGAAAUCAAGCAACUCUGGUUCCUUGUGGGAUUUUAUCAGUGUAGAAUUUAAGCGUGGCUAUUCUCUAGAAAAUGACGAAAAAGAAUUUUCAGACAGAAGAGAAAAAGUGUAUACUUUUAUGAAAAUACCCUUAGAAGUAGAACGGUUCAUGUUCUAUGGCUUUUGUCAGUGUGCAGAUUCAUUCCUAUUUGUCUAUACAUUCCUACCAUUACGGGCAUUAGUAGCAUUAAAAUCAUUAAUUUGUAGCUCCUUCUCAAAAUUUAAGGACAGACGUAAAAACAAACGAUUAUCUGCAGCAGAGACAUGUGACUUAUUAAAGAUGGCGGUACUAAUAACAUGUUCGAUGAUGUUAUUGCCAUGGGAUACAUCAAUGAUGUAUCAUGUAAUUAAAAGCCAAUCAGUUAUUAAGUUGUAUAUAUUUUUUAAUAUGUUAGAGGUCGGAGACAGGUUAUUUUCGUCAUUUGGUCAAGACAUUUUGGAUGCAUUAUUUUGGACCGCUACUGAACCAAAGACCAGCCGGCGUGAACACUUUGGAGUUUUACCACAUUUUAUUAUUGCUGUGUUUUAUGUCUUUUUACACAGUAUACUUGUAUUAUGCCAAGCUACCACAUUGAAUGUCGCCAUUAAUUCUAGUCACAAGGCAUUACUAGCAAUCAUGAUGUCCAAUAAUUUUGUAGAGUUGAAAGGAAGUGUAUUCAAAAAGUUUGACAAAACAAACUUGUUCCAAUUAUCGUGCAGUGAUGUCCGUGAACGAUUUCAUCUGUUCAUAUUAUUACUAAUAGUUGUAGUGCAAACAAUGAAAGAAUACCAAUGGACUAGUGAAUCAUUUUGGGAGUUAAUGCUUGACUGCAUGUAUGUCAUGAUAUCAGAAAUGUUAAUUGAUUGGACAAAACAUGCAUUCAUUACUAGAUUCAAUGAAAUAAACUUGUCAGUGUACAGUGACUAUGUAUUGAGCUUUGCUUAUGAUACUGCACAGUCACGUCAUAAAAAGGCGUUUACUGAUCACUCGGAUUUGGUUGCAAGGCGAAUGGGCUUCAUCCCAAUUCCACUAGGCGUAGUUAUGAUUAAGGUUCUAACUAGAUGUGUGUCUAUUGAUGGAAGACUAGCUUCCAUAAUUCUACUAAUUUUUACAUUUACAUGUCUAGUCACAUUGAAAAUUGUUAAUCUAGUCUAUAUACUAGGAAGAGCUUGCAAAUUGAUAGACCUCCACAAAACGUCUUUAAUAAAAAAUCAUCACAUUAUAAAUGGUAUAAGCUGUCAAGACAUGGCGACUAGUCCAAUGAGACCACCAAUCCGUAAAAAGCAGUCUUGGAGUGACAACAAAGAAAAUAAACCUUCGCCGCUGAUUGAAGUGCCGCCUUUGGGGCCUACACCAAUGUUUGCUAAUAGCAAUGUUGAUAUAAAGGAGGCAUGCCUUAAUACACAAAUAUUAGAAGACAUUAUGGAAUCCGAUUUGACGCAUAGUGACUCUGAUUUAAACUUAUCUAUGAUUCGCGAUGCUGAUACAAUGAGUACAAAAUCAGCUUGA